UGGUAAUUUAAAUUUCAGAAUACAAUGCAACAUUUGAAUAAGCAGUUGGAUUUCAGGUGUGCGACAGAAUAGUGGAUCGAUAACAACCCCAGUCGAGUGGCUGGGAACAUGGCGGUCCACCAAGUGCACGCAGACAGGACCACAGAUCCGUAUGGGCGAUCGUGGUCCAGGAUCGUGUGAUGGGAGCUGUAAAUGGGAGGAGCGGCCGAUCGCCAGUCAGGUCCACCUUCUGUCCCGUCUGUCCGUGUAUGUGUUGUCCUCGUCCUUGCAUGCGACGUCCUGAGUAGGUGCUGCUGUCCUAAAAGGGACCAAGACAAUCACCUGUCUGGGCAUGGUUUGGAAACUUGGCGCAUGUGGGGAACGCCUCUUUGUUUCACACGAUGAAGAGCCGCUUUCACCGAUUCUUCUCACAGUGGAGCAGUCAGGAGUACCCCAAUGUACCAGUAUAAGCUCCUUAUUGCUGAAAUUCCUCGUUUUCAAACCUUAG